CUCACUAGAGCUCAGUAAUUUUUUUUUUCACAGCCAUCCGUAGGCGUAGGCGUAGGCGCACUCAAUGGCAAACUUGACAUACUACCACGUAGUUCAAGGUCGCAAAGUUCAAUACUUAGUAUAAGUAAGCUCACUAAAGCUCAGUCAAUAACUAUCACUCAUGUUCCGUUUGAGACCUAUGCAGAGGAUCAUGACCUCUAUGUCUCCUGUGAGGUUGAUGACUAUGAGACGAUUUCCUUCUAGUAUAAUUAAGAGAUUUCAAUCGGGAACAUCAAUUCCAUCAUCAUCAUCAUCAACUAAACCUAAGGGUAAAGGUAUUAAAGCUUUAGUUCAAGAAUAUGGACUUUCAGCAUUAGGAGUAUAUCUUGCUCUAAGUGCUAUUGAUUUACCAAUCUGUUAUGUAAUAGUUCAUUCCUCUGGAAAGGAAGUUAUUGAGGAGUAUGAAAAUACAGUAAAGAAUGUAUUCGGAUAUGGAAUUAGUAAAGAAGAAUUAAAGAAGAAUCAGGAAUUAAGAAAACUUGAAGAAGCCAAGGCUAAAGAAGGAGAAAUUGAUAUUGAUACUAAAAAGAAUACCAAUAUUGUUAGUUAUCUUAUAUCUCAUUUCUCGUGGACAGAAUUCGCUAUAGCUUAUGGAAUUCAUAAAUCUUUAAUAUUUAUAAGAUUACCAAUUACAGCAGCUAUCACUCCAGGAAUAGUUAAGAUAUUAAGAGGAUGGGGAUUUAAGAUUGGUAAUAAAGCUAUUACUACCACAAAAGCUGGAACUUCAGCAGCAACACCUCUAGUUAAGAAUGCUAAUGAUGUUAGUGCCUAUUCAAAUCCUCAGUUCGGAACUAGACCCAAUCGUAAAAAGAAGUGGUUUGCUUGGUUCUUUUAAUAUAAUCAACACAUACACUAUCGCUUGUAUAUAGAAAAACACAUUAAGAAUUCUACUAAGAUAUCUACUAAGAUAUCUACUACUAUUAAUUUUAACGUAACAUCAUGGAUUUUGUUUAGAUGUAAUUAUCUCUUUGAUAAUU